AUGGACAGUCCGGCCACACGCGCGUUCCCCGAGGACAAGAACCCCUUCCGCAAUCGAAUGAGCUCUCUCGGAUCGUCGCUUGAACGCCACCGGUCCAACUCGUUGCCCGCAUCGUCCAUCGAGCAGAGCCGGAAUGAGAUUCGGGAUACCUUGAGGCAGCAGCAGAACGUGCAGCGACGAAAGACGCAGGCGCAUCGCCACGGUGGUGGUGGAAGUAGUCGGUAUCGCAAGAACCGGGUCAAUCCAGACAUUAUCGACCAGUUGGACAAUGCCAGCAUCCUGCAGUACCACCACGAAGGCCCGUAUGAUGCCGUGUAUCCGGAACGCAAUGUGUACAGCCAACGCAGUCCGCUUGAGGCAGUCAAGGAUUCAAAUGAAGAGGCGCUGAGGGCGACGCCCAUGUACAAGAUCAUGGAUAGCGUGUAUCGACAUCGUCCACUGGACGGAGUGGCGUUUUACCCGCCGGGCAUGACAGACCCAGAGGGACAGACGUAUUCAUAUGCCGAAGGAGAUAAUAUGAUGAGUAAAACGCAUGGGCUGUUUCCAAAACCAUUUGGCGAGAAAUUCACGGAUGAAGACUUUAAAAACGAUCCCUUUUAUCAGCAAGACAAUCAGCAUGCCCCACGACGAAUGGGCAGCUUGCGCAAGGCACUGUCGACAUUGAAAGGUCGUUCUCGCAAGAACACAGCUUGA